GUGUGUGGUUUGAAAGUGUGUGUGUGUGUGUCCUGAUGUUCUCUGCAGCCAAUGGGAAAAUCAAGCUGCCUUCGGAGGACACUGCUCUGGUGACUUCCCCACUGCGCUGCCUCUUCAAUGGACCCUUUCGCGAUCUGCACUUCAAUGUGAGCGGCGACCAUCGCCUGAUACCCGUCCACGAUGUGGUCUUCCUCGAUGACUUUGAGCGCAACGUCAAGCCGUUGAUCUACAGGCCCGUGACGUCAGAGACAUCCGGCGGCGGGGUUCUUCUAGCCAGCGAGUCGUCUGAAAAGCCGCCCCCCCACACCUAUGCCGCUGCCAACAGUGAUACGUGAGUACAACCCGAAAUUUGUCUGAAACCCCACGAAACAAAAGACGCCGCGUUGCUGCCACGCCGAGUGUGUGGCACGCUUACAA